UCUUUUGGUCAGUUUCGAUACGAUCAGCGUCGGUCAAGCAGUUCAAACAGUUGCGAAAAAAAACGAGAGGAAACUCGUCAAAGUUUGACAUCAACUGUUAAUUAUCCGGUUUAACACGGAAUUAAUAAUAAAGUGAAGUUGUUCCUGUCGAGGAUAAACUGACGAUAUAUUAAAUAUGUUCAAAUACGUGGCUGUUAUUGCAUUGAUGGGUGCUGUAGCAUUUGCUGCACCGGCACAAGAGACGGAACAAACAAAAUCAAUUUUUGAGGAGGCACUUGAUGUUUACUCAUCGUGCUCAGCUGAACCUGACCUCGCUGUUUGUCUGAAGAUCAAGGCACUGCGUUUUGUCGACCGUGCUGCCAGAUCCGCUGACAUUACCAUUGUCGAUGGCUUGAAGAUCGUGCAGACUGACGAGGCCAAGAGCAGUCGUGCUGAGAAUGCAAGGUCAUUGAAUGAUGUGGAAGCAAGUCUGCCAACGGAGAUUGCGGCCCGCGAGGCCGCUGUUGAUGAGGCCCUCUUCGACAGAGCCGGAAAGUUCCUGUCUACCCACACCGUUGAGCUCAGCCUACCCGAGGAGGUCUCCCGUUCAUUCGACGAAGCUCGCGGCAAGAAAAAGAAGAUCAUCAAGACCCUGACGCCACUCCUUCUCCUCCUGAAGCUCAAGGCCAUCGCCCUCAUCCCAAUUGCCCUCGGUGCCCUUGCCCUGUUGGCCUUCAAAGCCCUCGUCAUCGGCAAAAUCGCCCUCAUCAUCUCCGGCAUUAUCGCCAUCCAGAAACUCCUGGCGGCCAAGGGUCACGGCCAGAGCUACGAAGUUUUUGCCCAUCCGGCUCAUCAUGACGAGCAUCAUGACACCCACUGGGGCAGAUCGGCAAGCGGUGCUGACCUCGCCUACAGCGCUUACAAGCCAUCCGAGAUAUUACAGCUGAAGGAAGUUGAUAUCCAACUUGUUGAGUGUUACAGUUGUCAGGAUAUCAUCAGCACCACGGAUAUGAGGGAGAUUGGAUUACUGUGGGUCAUAUUUUUGGCGAUACUGGUGACUACUACCAGUGCUGAUUACACCAAAUUGUUCGAGAGAUGCACCAAUGAGAAGAACACCUUUGAUUGUUUGAAGCGAAGGGCCCUUGAUGUGCUGAGUCAAGCUAUCAAAGAUGACUCGAUUUAUGUGGUCAAUGAUUAUGUGUCCAUUGCCAAGGAUCCUGCUGCAGCCAGGGAGCAACGAUCAUCCAAUGAGAAUACGACAGCUCUGAGCUUAGAUGAUCAGUUGGAGAAGAAGUUCAGUGAUUACUUGUCCUCCAGAAGCAUCAAAUUGACUAUUCCUGGUGAUGCCAUUCAGGGAAGGAAGAAGAAGGAUAAGGGGGGCAUGGGAGGCGCUUUGAUGAUGGGAGGCUUGGCGAUGGCAGGGGUAAUGGCACAAUUGGCGUUUGGAAAGAUUGCUUUUCUCGCUGGUACAGCUCUGCUCACGGCCAAGAUUGCUCUCGUGUUGAGUGCGAUUAUCGGAUUGAAGAAACUCGUUUCAAGUAGCGGUGGAGGUCAUGAAGUCAUCUACGCGACUGCUUCGGAACCACAUGGAGGAUUCGGCGGUGGUGGAUAUGGAGGAUGGCAGAGGUCUAUCAACUCAGUGCCGUCUACGUGAGGUCUUCAAGUCACGUCAUCGUUUUAUAGAAAUGAAGCUCAAUCAAUAAUUAAUGACUCAUGUAUUUAUCCAUUGAUUCAUUUAUUUAUUUAUUUAUUUAUUUAUUUAUUCUGUCAUUAAAGAUGAAUGAACAUUUA